GGCGGCGGCGGCGAGCCGGCCGGUCCGUCCGGGACAGCGGCGGCCCGGCUUUGGCCACCUCGACGUCCAGCAGGAGCAGUUGUGUGCUAUGGGAGAUGCCAAAGAAGCUAAAAUUCAAAUAACGCCAGAAACCCCAGGACGGGCUACAGUCUUAAAUCCUUUCGAAAGUCCAUCGGAUUAUUCUUCGCUACAGGAGCAGAUCGUUUCCAGUCCUUCUAUUUUUAAGUCGACAAAAUCUUCAGCGACUCCGGGGAAAUUUAGAUGGUCUAUCGAUCAACUAGCCGUGAUAAAUCCUGUGGAAAUAGAUCCAGAAGACGUUCACCGUCAGGCCUUAUUUUUAAAUCAUUCCCGGAUAGAUAAAGAUGUGGAAGACAAAAGACAAAAAGCCAUCGAAGAGUUUUUCACCAAAAGUGUCAUUGUGCCUUCUCCUUGGACUGAUCACGAAGGAAAGCAACUUUCGCAAUGUCAUUCUAGUAAAUGUGUAGAUGUAAAUAGCGUUUCUCCGAUUGGAAGAGAACUGUCACUUCAGUCUGGAAAAAGCAAUGCUGCUUGUCAGACUCUGUUGUCUUUGCCUGUGGAUUUUAAUUUAGAGAAGAUAUUAGGUGACUAUUUCCGAGCCGAUGAAUUUGAGGACCAGUCCCAAGAGAACUUAAGUUCCUCAUCCCUCCGAAGGAAGCUGUUUUUGGACGGCAAAGGAAGCAUGUCUGACUGCCUGUCCCUGGCAUCCCCGGAAAGUCCGCAGAGUAAUGUCCCUGCGUCCCUCGGAGUCCUCUGUUCCAUAGAUUUAUCUCCGGUUCCGUGUAGAAGCCCAGUGGAAACACCUAGUUCGGGUCAGUUUUCCUCCAGCCCUAUUCGAGGAGGUGCAAGGGCGUACAGCCUGGGAAGCGUAACUAGCCCUACUUUUCCAGAGAAGUCUCCCUCAACUGCUGCUUCACCAACGUUUUCGCCAAUUGCUUUUCAGAUAGGGAAGACGCCACUUUCAGAGCCAGAAGAAUUUGCUUUUCGUUCUCCUGAUGCCCCAUCGGUACCAAGCGCUCACGGAAUUUCCAACUCUUGUACCAGAAGUCCUUAUAUAGAUGGAUGUUCUCCAAUUAAAAACUGGUCCCCGAUGAGCCUUGGGACAUGCAGGCGAAGUGCCCAGUAUCGGACGCCUCUGAUUCGGAUUCCUUUUACCCUUGAGCAUCACAGCAAAGAGGAAGAGAAAGAGAACGCCCCGCUCACGGAGCCCCCGCCGCCCGCGCUGGAUCCCGGAGUCCCCCCGUGCCCCCCGGCCGGUGACGCUUGCCCCCAUGGCACGCAUCUCGUCGUGACCGCCGUGUCCGUUACGUCCGAUCAGGCCCGCGCCUGCGACCGUGAGUCGGCUCUGUCGCAGGACGCCGAAGGUGCCAAAGAAAACAACACCGUCGAUAUGGUCGAUCCCGUAGAGGUAACAGACCAGCACACUUGGUCCAAGGAGACGGUUGGUAACGGCAGCCUGCCGAUGACCGGCUUUAUGACUGGAAUUGCGUUCAGCAUUGAAAGUUCUCACAUGUGCAUGUCACCUCUUGCAGAAAGCAGCGUCAUUCCUUGCGAAAGCAGUAGCAUUCAGGCAGACAGCGGCUACAAUACGCAGACUGGCGGAAACAGCAUUAUGGAUGUAGUUGUGGGAGAGAGUGGCAGUGGAGAAAACGAAUCGCUACCCUGUGAGAUUCAGGGCAAUCCUCAACUUUUCAAAUCAAAGCAAGGGCAACCAACUCAAGGAUGCUGGGCCAAAAACGUGCCUUCGGCCCAGUGGAGCGGGCCGUAGAGAUGCCCGUUGGAAAGCAGUUGAAUUUGCAGGUUUUAUUCAGCCUGUGACCGGAGUGUAAUAACUGUAUGAUUGGGAUGAAAUUACCUCAGCUACAUCUUGAGAACUUGUAGAAGUCCUCCCCAAUGUGAAAGGGGGCACUGAAAAUCAAGUGCCUGAAUCGAUGAUGUUUACAGGAAACGGUGAAGCUAACAAUGCCUAGAAUUCUAACAGAUCACAGAUGUACCAGUUAAUUCAUUUUUAUCACUAGACAUUUUCAAAUUAACACAGAAAUUACGAUUUGAUGCCUGAAGAAGACCGACAGAAUACUGCAAGUUUCGAGAUGGUUAUGGGACAAAUUCAAUCAUUUGUCAUUUUUCAAUUUGCUAUUACCAAGGGUAAAAUACUGGCUUUAAGUGUGUAACAAAUAAUGAACCCUUAUUUGUAAUUUUGCCCUUUUAAACAUUGUGCACUUUCCAUCAUGGCGACUUGAAUGUUUUAAACAUGACUAUUGACUCUAGCCUUGGCAUAAAUUAUGAAACUACAAUUUAACUGUGAAAAAGAACAGUAUAGCUAUACCUGCAACUUUACAGUUUACAUUUUUUGGAGGAGUAUAUUUCUAGAAUAUGUAGUAUGCCCUUGCGUAUCAUCCUUUUGAAUAUUUUUUUCAUUCAGCAUUAUCUAAAUGUUUAAACAAACAAGGAAAAAGUUUCUGCCACAAGGUGUGACUUUUUAAAACUUAAAUUUAAUGAAAUAUUUUGUCUUGUUCUACCAAGGAAGUUUCGGAAGCUGAAUCACAUGGCUUUUUGCCUAUUUACCACAAAAUAAACAUGUUUCUAAACUA